AUCCUAGAGUACGGAAGGACUCCGAAUGUAAACUGUCAAAACAGUUUUUGUGAGAUCUCUUUUUCAAGAACUUCUAAAUCAACGCAGGGGUAAGACAAUAUAGGGUAAUAUGACAGAUACUGAAAGUUUACGAGAAGCAAUUGCACAAUACGAACAACAGCUAGCUCAAGUUCAAGCGACUUUAUCCGUGACCACGCAAGAAGCGGAUAGGGAGAAUUUAUUAAGUUUACAAUCGGACAUACAAGAGCUUAUUGCUUUAACGAAAAAAAGUCUACAAGGUGUUGAAACUUCUAGCGAAGAUUUAGACGACGACGACGACGAUGAUGACGAUAUUGACGAUAUUGACGAUAUGGACGAUCCAUUGGAAAAAGAAUACGCCUUAUUCAAGGCAGAACUGGAGAAAACUUCCAAUGAAUCUCGGAGUAAAGAGCCGGAUAAACAAGAUGACGGAGCUUCAAAUAACAUAGAAGAUGAGUUGAGGCAGCUUGAAGGCAUGAAAUGUCGAGCUCCCCAUGGUAGCAGUUGGGGUGGCAUUGGUUAUCAUAAUGCUAUGAUAUGUUCUGUUUAUCAGAAUGACAGCACAGAAAUAAAAAAUAUGCAAGAUAUAAAGGUCAGGGUAUUUUUUCUAAAUCCAACGCAUAAAGAAAUGCUUCCGUGUCCUUAUUAUUUGGAUGGGAAAUGUAAAUUUUCUGACGAAGAUUGUAGAUUUUCGCACGGAGAAUUGGUCCCAUUAUCUAGUAUACAAGAAUAUAGAGAACCAGAUUUUCAAAGUAUAAAGAUGGGUAGUAGGGUAUUAGCAAAGCAAAAGAAUCAAUUAUGGCACAGGUGCAUCGUAUUAAAAAUGCCGGAAAAAGAAGGAGAUGUUUUCAGAAUUAAAUUUGAAGCAAACGGCAAUAUCGUAGAAGUUUUCUUACAAGAUCUUUUACCGCUUGAUGAUGCUGAUUUGGAAAUGUCAGAUACGUCUGAAGACAGCGACGGUGAAAGUGACUCAACGGAGUAUCCUAAAGAAGAAACAGUUCAUAAAUCCCUUCUCACGGUAGAAAGCAACACGCCGUUAGGAAACUGGGAAAAACAUACGCGCGGGAUAGGUAGCAAAUUAAUGGCUCAAAUGGGAUAUGUACUGGGCACCGGUCUUGGAAAGUAUUCAGAUGGCAGAAUAGAACCAGUUGAAGCAACGGUACUGCCAGCUGGUAAAUCUUUAGAUCAUUGUAUGGAAUUGCGAGAAAAUGCCGGAGGGGAUGAAAAUUUAUUUUCCGUAGAACGUAGAAUGCGAAAGCAACAACAGAAGUUGGAACAGCAAAGACAAAAACAGUAUCAGAGGGAAAAGGAACGAGAAGAAAACAAUGUGUUUAAUUUUAUAAAUGCAACCUUGGGUGAUAAGCCUAAAUCGGACGCAAGAAAUAUUUCAAAAGGUAAAAGUAGCCUUAAAACAGAAUCAAAUCGACAACUAAACGUAGCAAGUUUCCAAAUUGGAGAAAAUAUUUUAAGACUGGAAAGAGAAUCGGCAAAAUUGAAAGAAUCAUUGUCAAGGCAUACAAAAGGAAGUGUUCAUUAUAAUAAUAUUGUAAUGAAGUAUAAUGAGAAACAAAAAGAACUUGUUGGUUUAAGAGCAUCCGAAAAAAGUAUUGCUGCUGAACAAGAUCAACGAAAGAACAGAGCUAAAUUAUCAAUAUUUUGAUGUACAUACGUUUACAAUUUUAACUUUCUACAAGAAAUUAGCUUAUGUAUUGUAUCUAUUAAUUAUUAUGUGUAAAAAAAAAAGUAUAAAUAAAUAAACAUUAUAAUAUAACAUUAAUUAA